AGUGCACCGCGCGCGCGACUAGCGGGCGGUCGUGUAUGAGAGGAACAGCGUUUCGCUCUGUUUUCCCGCGACGCGAACUACGUACGACAAUAAGAUUAGUGACUUUAAACCCAAAUUCAGUUAGAAAUAUACUUUUUAAUAUUAUAGUGUUGAGCAACAACUUUAUAAUACACUUUAGUUUCCCGCUAAAAUGCGUCAACACUAACAAAACAAGAUGGCUGCCGCUAUGAUCAGCGACAGGGGGCUACGGAAGAAGCUAACCCAAGACGCGAUCCCGGAGAAGACCCCGCGAAAGCCGUCCAAACGCAAAUCGACGGCCGGCGCAUCCAAAGCCGACAAGAAAAACGAACAGAACAACAACAAAAGACCUAAAGUGCAAACCGGCGACCCUAAACUCGAUUUGUUCACGACGUACCAGCCCUGGGUGAUACAAACGUACGGCGACCAGGCAAAAACCAAGACGAUUACAUUAAAAAAAUACGCGCGGAUCUUGCGUACGCUACGCGGCGAGGAGUGUAACAGUUCGGACAGCUCCAAGUUUCGUUUCUGGGUCAAAGCGAAGGGUUUUUACGUGGGGAAGCCGCCUGGUUACGACGCGAAGCCGGCGGACAGUAUUGUGUGUCGUUAUAGUGUCGUGGACGCUGAGGGGUGCACGAGGGGGACCGAGGGGCACGAGGUGUACAGCGGGUCGCAGAACGACCCCCCACUGUACAUACCCACGCCGCCUUUGAAGAAUGCGCCGAACCAAGAACCCGUGUACCGAAAAGUAGCCAUCGUUGAAAAUUUCUUCGACAUCAUCUACACAGUCCACGUAGAACUUGAAGGAAGACCUGGAAAACAUGCAGGACAAAAACGAACAUAUAGAACGAUUACGGAGACGUACGCCUUUCUGCCGCGGGAGGCCGUCACGCGCUUCCUCACCGGAUGUGCCGAGUGCGCCAGGCGCCCGCGCAGCGCCUCGCCCCCACCGCUGCCCACGCCUUCCCCAUCCCCCACAAGACACCCCACUUACCUCCCGUAUCACCCCCACUGCCCACCUGACUACUCUCGCAACUGGGAGUCGGAAAUCGACGCGGCCCAUUCAAAUUAUUACGAACCUAAAUUCGAGUAUACCGAAUUGCAGCCGGUCAAGAAAGUCGAGAGUCCCAAGCCCGCAGAGGUUGAAGAGGAACCGACGUACAUAGAACUAACCACGAAGAAAGUAGAUUUCGAUCAAAACCAGCCCUACAGCAGGAGUUCUCCUGUUGAACCGGCGAUAGAACAAGACGAACCAAUCAGAACUGACCCCGAAAUAGACAAGGACGACAACAGCCUGAUAGACGUCGAAGAAGUCAAACCUAAUGACAGUCCGCUUCUGCAUAAAGAAGAGAAUACGAAAGAGUCAGAAGGAGAGAACACGAGUGCUUCUGAAACGCCAAGCGCUAGUGAAAAGACUGAGAAGAAAAAAUACAAUCCGCUGGACGUUGCGAACUUGACGUCAAAAGAUCCUCCUAAAUGCAGGUCUCCGAGUAAAUUUACGGGAGCGACUUUAGAAUAUCCCGUUAGCUUCGGGAGGUUUGCCAGGCAGUGGAGGCCAGACGGCGCGAUGUACUAUGGGGGCGAGGACGUAGAAUACGGCGCGCCUAUUACGACGAACUAUUUAAAGCAAUCCAAGAAUUCGUCUCAACAGAACGGCAGCGACUUGGAAAAGGACAACUUAACUCCGGAGCCGCACGACAUGAACGAAGAAGAAAACUUCACUAGUCAGGCCCUCGCGAAAGACGCUGAGAAGUUGAAAAUGAUGUUGCUUGCAUGGAAUUACCACAACCAGUCUCAAGGUCGUAAUGGCGAACCCGAUUCUGGCGGUGAGAGCAUGGCUGAUCUGUGGGCUUCAUACCACAGCGCUCUGGGCCUCGGCAGCAAGCCACCGAAAGCUCCCACGCCCAUGAAUACUGGACACUCGGUGAGUUUUAAGAGUCCAAUCCACGUUGGUUCAGCGACUCCGGUGGAACCAGCCUCUACCCAUGACGAGACAUCGUCGUCCGACAGGACCAAGGAUGAUGACGAUGGUGGCGCUUCGGAUGACGAUAGCGACGACCGGGUGGAUCCGCAGCAUCACGACCCGGAGAGAUUGAAAGCAUUUAAUAUGUUCGUCCGCCUAUUCGUGGACGAGAAUCUAGAUAGAAUAGUUCCCAUCUCCAAACAGCCUAAAGAGAAGAUUCAAGCCAUUAUCGACUCAUGCACACGUCAGUUCCCGGAGUUCGCUGAACGCGCCCGUAAGAGGAUCAGGACGUAUUUGAAGAGCUGCAGGAGGAAUAAGAAAGUGAGAGGCGAUGUUCCUACCAGUGGCAGCGGGAACACACCCGGCAGCGGCAGCGCUUGGGAUUCCACGGUCCGGCCGACUCCGGCGCACUUAACAUCAGUACAAGCUGAACAUAUAUUGGCGCAGGCGUGCGAGAACGAGAGCCUCAACGCCAAGCGCAUGCGGCUCGGCCUCGACCCGGUCAGCCAGCCCAUGCCCACAGUGCCCACGCCUAUGGCAAUAGAUUCAACGGCCACUUCAGCUGUAGCUUCAUCGUUCCUAAGCUUAUACAGCGGAGCUAUAAGCAGCCCCGCGUCGACUUCAGCGACCACCACCUCUACCUCUUCCCUGGCAGCUGCGGGCCACAGCAAGGCCGCCGCGGACACUACAAGGCCAUCAGCCAGCCCGACCAUGGAGAACGCUUUGUUGAACAACAACACUUUGAAAGUGGACAACGCUAAUGGAAAUACUGGAAGCAAGACCGCCAGUCCAGCUUCGUCACCGGCGCCCUUAUUCAGACCAACUUUCCCGGCUACAUUUGGUACUCCACAAGGCUUCGGAAGGCAAAAUGUGAACACAACACCAGCAUCAGCACUCUCGAGUAGCGCACUUCUGUCUACCCUCACGGCUCUACCUCCUUCAGGGGUUGGGGUGAAUGCUGCAAUGGCUGCCUACCAAAAUGCACUAUUGUCUGCAAUGGCGGCUCAUACACACACAUUUCCAACUAAUAUUAGUGCUCCGACAGACCUGUCCUUAAAAAGUUCAGUGCCAGCGCCUCUUCACGUUACAUCCGCGCCAUCUCUAACUGGAACCACUUCUUCCACUCAGUCGAAAUCUCAGCUGUUUACUCACAAACUGUCCGGACCGGAGGUAGGAGCCGUGAGGCAGCUCAUCACUGGAUACCGCGAGUCCGCAGCUUUCCUACUGCGUUCAGCCGACGAGCUUGAGACAUUAUUGUUAAAUCAACCAUAGGAUCAGGCGAAACGAUUCACGGACUUUUUCGGCUUCAAAUUUGGAUAUUUUUAAAAGAUCCGUGUAUUAAAAUGUUUGCAACCAUAGACUUCGAGUGUGGUUUUCAGCAGAUCGAAAUCGGUAGUAGUUGAACUUAAGCCAUUGGUAUUUAAUAAAGUUUAUCGUUGGAAAUUUAAAAAUGCUUUAGUUCUUGUAUUUCAGUUGUACAGGAAUGUUAUAAUGUGAAAUAUAUUUAGGCGUAUUGUUAUAACAUUCUGAAUUUUUAUAUUUAGAUGACGUCAUUGUUUGAUCAUAUGGUGGUUUGUUAUAUAAUAUUUGGUACUUUAAAACUUGUACAGGUUGCAACGAAAGUAGGUAAAUACUUUAAAAUAACAUGAUUACCUUCAAACAACGAGGUAAAUACACCGAAAAAAAAAAUUUACGUGAUAUUCAUAAGUAUGCCAACUAAAUUUUUAAACAAAUCAAAAAGUAAAAUAGUUCUAAGUAAUCUUUCUCUUACAAUAGCACCAGAUACACAAUUUUUAUUCGAUUUUAAACUAAGUAGAUAACUUAAAUUUUGCAAUAGUUACACGUGCUUGAUAAACGAAACCAUUUUAAAUGUACAAAACUAUAUCUUUGUAAGUGUAACUGGCAACACAAAAUUGCAAUAUUCAGGUGUUUGCGAUAUUUUAUUUUGGGUUGCCAUUUAAACUUUUUAUCCAGCUAUCGGUAAAGAUUAAACGUUAAUUUAAAUAAGCUAAGUGUUUAAAACUAGUGAUGUAAAAAAACAGUAGUUAUUACUGAUCUAAAAACUAUUGAAAUUUGUGAAAUUUUAUAAGAUGAUCGCGCGGAAAUCAAUGAUACCCUUCAUUUCUAUGAACGCUGAUUUUGUAAAAUAUGAUUUAUGUGUGUUGCUUUUGGUGUAAAUUUGUAAGAAAUUCGUAAGCUACAUUUUACGAUAGGAAUGUGUGGGCAACUCUAACUUUUAGCAUUCUCAAAAUGUAAAAGGCGAUGGACUAAAUUAUAUGAAGACGUAAGGGUUAAUUCAGUUAAAUGCCGUAAAUAGAAAAAAAAAGGAAACCAACAUUUUAAUGUCAAUUGAAGACGUAUCUUUUCCAUCUAAAAUACUUAAAAACGUCCUUUUCGCAUUCCGUUGACGUAUUGUCUUGUGUAAAACAAUCAGUUGUUUAUCCAUUGAAGUGUAAGUUUUCCGCGUUCGAGCUAAAAUCGAAAGCUGCCAUAGAAAACUCGUCGAAAGAGUACAAAAUUAAUAUUUUUGUGUAAAAUUUUAGGGUGUAAGAGAAAAAAAUCAGGGAGUCUCUAGAUUAUUAGGUUAAAAAAAAUAUUCUUGCCUGGUGCGACGUAAAUUGUGAAAUCGAAAAAUAAAUUUGCUUAUACGAAGAAGAAAAAAAGGGCGGCUACGGUAAUUUCACUUUUAUCAGAGAUUUAAUUAAUAGUUUUUAACGUAUUUAGGUGUAAUAAGCACGAAUUUAAUUUGUUGUUUUGUAUUAUUAAUAGUGCUGUAGACUUAACUCGUAUUGCUGCUUUUGAAUGUAUUUUGGGUUUAUUCUUCGACCCAUAUUAAUUUCUUAUAAGUUUUUUUUUUUUUCAUUAUUAAAGAAAUCUUUUUUGUUUUCCCCAAUAUUGAACUCAAUAUUGAUCAAUCCGUCAUCUCAUUUUUGAUUCUCGUCACUUUUGUUUAUAAUUCAUAAAUUAAACUAGUGUAAUAUUAUCAAUUUUCGCUCUGCUCAGUACAAGAAAUAUUCAAACAUUAACUGUAUAUCUGUUACCAUAGAUUAUAUGGCCAAGUACUUAGAAAUUAAGGGUUAUAUUACUUACUGCUCAGGUACAAAAAAUAGUUAACAUUAAAAACUGAUUUCGAUUUUGGCCUAAUUACUUUGAGAGCUUACCUCAUCGUCGGCUUAGGUUCUGGCCAGUGUUUUUUUUCUAGCAUCCUUAAUAUAACUUUACGAUUAUAAUGCAAUAGGAUAGUUACAGAUGUAUAAACGCUUAUUUUAUUGCUGUUCAUGUAUCACGCUGCUGUGAACGCAGCUUUACAAGUUUUCGUCCAAUUAGAUUUGUAUUUAGACAAAUCCAACCAAUCAGAGCUCUGCUGCAUUUUCAUUACGAUGAUUCUUAUAAAGGGUGUUGUUUAGUGUGUACGAGACUUAAGAUUUUGAAGUUGAUACAAAUUUGAUCAUAGAUUCACUCGAUUCUUCUAAUAGAAAUAAGCUUAAGGUACUUUAGCUCCAGUACAUACUAAACAAGACUCGAUAAGUACAAUUUUUCGCAAGCUUCUCGCCAGUUAAAUCAAUUAAAAAUAAUUGUAAAUUCACUUUUGAAUACUGAAAAAAUUGCCAAAGAAUACAAUUGAUUUUUAAUUCGACCAACGAAUGUGAACUUUAUCUUCUUGUAUUUUAAGUUUAUUUUAAGCUUAGCCCUCCAGUGGAGGUCAUUCCAAUGUUUUCUAAAAUGAUUGUCGUCGGUGCGAAAGUGAAUAUGCGUUACAUUAUAUUUGGAAAUAACAUGUGACAGGUAAGAAAUAUAAAAAAAAAAUUAACAUAAAAAUAUAACAAAAAAAAAACGUGCGAAGUUGAUGCUGGAAAACAAAAAUGUCGGAGAGAAAGUUAAGAAAUGAAUUUGUUAGAAAUUAAAAUAUUAUUAUUAUUAUUAUGAUUAUUAUUAUUAUAGAUGUGUAAAUGAUUUACAUUAUUAGUUCGCGAGAAACACAGAAAGGCGUUAAUGAAAAUUAAAAAUAAAUUAAAAUGAAAUUAAUAUAAAUUAAUGAUAUGGCGAUUGUUACUAUUAACGAUAUUGAAAAAUUUAGUUAUAAUUUUGCAUCUUCAAAAUGUGAGUUUUACAAUUUUAAAGAGGAAAAAAUAUAUAUAAUAUGCUCAUGUAA